AUGGAUGCUCUACGGGCUCGGGAGCAGCUCCGGCGGCGGUACUUGUUCCCGCCGGACUCGGAGGUCUCACUGGAACGCGAGGGCUAUCCCAGUCCGGAAACCUCUACAGCUGUUGAGAAAAAGGAGAAAUCUCUUCCAAGACUUAAUAUCCAUUCUGGGUUCUGGAUUUUGGCAUCCAUUGUUGUUACCUAUUAUGUUGACUUCUUUCAAACUGUUAAAGAAAACUUUCACACCAGUAGUUGGUUUCUCUUCGGCAGUGCCUUCUUGCUCGUUAGCGUGUCGAUUGCGUUUUACUGCAUCGUCUAUCUGGAGUGGUAUCAUGGAAUUGAAGAUUAUGAUAUCAAGUAUCCAGCGUUGAUACCUAUUACAACCGCUACUUUUAUCAUAGCAGGAAUUUGCUUCAAUGUUGCUUUAUGGCACGUGUGGUCCUUUUUUACUCCACUGCUGCUGUUUACCCAGUUUAUGGGGGUUGUAAUGUUGACCUCACUCCUUGGAUGA